AUGAAGAGUCAGAAGAUUACUAAUUACAUUGACGUGAUGAAAGAUUUUCAGAAAGACGAGCCAGAUGAAUUUGCUGACUAUUUAAUAUCUGAUGAUAAGAACUUACCCAUUGAUGUAGUUUUCCAGCGAAAUACAGAUGUGAAACAUGAAUUUGUGAAAAAGAAUGAGAAGAAAGAAGAUCAAAUUCAUAAAUGGGAACCAUUUUCUCCCAAAAGAGAUUGUUAUGAAAUAUGUUUUAGGGAAUCGCCUGUAAUAAGAUAUGUAUCAAAACCAAAAAAACAUUUAAUUAAAGUGGAACCUAAUCAGAUUGUUUUUACGUCAUAUGAUCGAGGUUGUGUGUAUCAGGAAAUUAUGUGGGUUCAAAAUAUCGGAAAAUCUGUUGCUCGCAUUCAAAUAUUACCUUUUAAGGAAACUUCCAAAUUUAAACUACAAUGGAGUAAAAAGUUGGGUGGAAUUAUAGCAAUAGCUUCAGGCUUGUCUAUCACAGCAAAAGUGGAGUUCCAUUGUAAGUCAUUGGAUGAUGUAACUGAUGAACUUGUUUUGAAAGUUGAAGGAGGAAAAGAUAUUAUUGUUCCAAUCAUAGCUAAACGACUUCCACCAAUUCUGGAGGCAUUAGAACCGGAAAUCACUUAUGAUCUUGUGUUAUGGUCACUGGAGAAAAGAGGUGUUGAAGCAACUUUAGAUUGUGGAGUCGCAUUAGUAGGUGACAGCGUUCUUCAUACUAUAAAUUUGUUUAAUGAUGGAGGAGACGGCAGUUUUUGGAUUAUGACUGAAGAAGAAUGGAUACACUGUGAAGUGAAGUGUGGAUCUCUGAAUAAUGUUUUAAAAAUUCCUCCAUUUUUAUUUACACCUUUCUAUUUUGCUUUGAAAUCCAAAGAAGAAAUCACGUUAUGUGUUCUUUAUGAACCUCAAUCUCAUGGAUUACAAAUUGAGCACCUGAAAAUAUUGUGCAACAAUUGUGUGAUUCAUUCACUGGACAUACUGGCUGAUGCUGUGUUCUUUGAAAGUAAAUUUAUUUCAUUUACAAGCUUAGAAAAAAUAUUUGCUGUUGAAGUGGAUGAUGAUUUUUUUGCUGAUUUUUAUUUUAAUAUUGGACGUAUUCUUCCAAACGGUUCUGUACAGAAAUCAUUUUAUCUUACUAAUGAAAGAAAUUCCAAUCUUACAUUUUAUCUUUAUUUUACAAUCUCCAUGUUUUUAUUUACUUCUAAUGCAAAAUUUUGUCUUUUUAUGAUGGUAAAAGGAAGGAGAAAGAAAUAUGAACAUAAAUUUGAAUUCAUAAUAUUUUAUUGGAAGAAACGUUUAAUUAAAUUCCCAAAAGUGAGCGAGUCCCCUCCAUAUGCUCUUCAUCAUAUACCUUUGGAUAGAAUAAGUAUUGUUCCUUCUGAAGGAGUACUGUCUCCAAAAUCAGAUCAACAUUUUAUUGUCAAAUGUGUAUUAACAAACGGAGAGCGAGGACAUUACAGAGCAGUUUUAUCAUUUUUCAUUGAGAAUUUACCAUGGAAAUCUGUAACAAAGGAAUCAUAUGUAAGGAAAGUUUUUGUAAAUCCUAUUCACGCUGAAAGAGUGGAUAUUCUUUUAAAUGAAAUAGAACUUUGGGUGGAGUGUGUACCAUUGGCUGUGAUGCUCCAGCCUUGUAUUAUCAAGAUAACCAGUGAGAAAUUAAGAUGUAAUGAUGAACCUGUUCUUCCUAAAAUCACUUUAGCUAACAUAACAUUGGAAGAUAUCGGGUUUCAUUGGAUACCUGUUUCUUCACCAUUUUCUGAACCUGCUGCUGCAAGUGUAAUUGAGAUGUUCGUAGAGUGUGGUACAAUUAAAACUAAAACUUUUAUGCCUUGCCCUCUUAAAAUUACUACUCUGUCACAUGGCUUGCUUUUACAUGAAAUAAGUAUAUUAAUAUUUAAAAGGAAAUUUACAGAUGCAGUAUCAAUGAAGGCGAAAAAUCAGUAG